GUUCGCCCCCUGCUAUUUAGAAAAUGUUAUCAAUUGAAUUUCUUAUUUCAUCCAUUCUUCUCGUCAGUAAUAUUUGAGAAAUUGUUAAGAGAAGUGUGAAAAAAUAUAUCGUGUUGUGGUUGAUUAUAUAAAAUUGAAGAAAUUAUGACGAUUAAACGACGCUUCUUGUUAAUUGCAUCUAUUUUGAUGUCUUUUCACUUUCACUUGUUGAAAGCUGACGUUCAAAGCAUAGAAGUUAAAGAAACUAACUCAACAUCAUAUUCAUCGUCUGAUGAAGAUUAUUAUGAUGACAUCGGUGACGAUGAAGAGAGUUUUGGUAACACAACCGAUCAGAACAAAACUUGCAUAUAUGGAGGGAAAAAGAAAUUAGGUAAUAAAUGUGAAUUGUUUCUUAGUGAGAAUCACAAAAUUUAUUGA